CUUGUUGAGCUUGGGAUGUUCCCAUGUGCUCCAUAUCGCCCUUCACUGGCCGUAAGCAUCGAUAUGUUGGAAUGGGUCUCACUUUUCUUCAAGUUUACCGCCCCAAACAACCGGGCAUGGGCAGCUACCAUGCAAACCAUACUUCAAAAUCGCGGGUUUCAUUUUGAUGCCAAGGACUCUCUUCGUAGAUGUUUCGCGAAUGCCCUGAAAUAUUACCAGAGUCUCGUUUCGUUAGUCCAAGCAGAGCUU